AGGGUCCAAGAUGUGGGCGUACCACAUCCUGCUGGCGGUGGUGUGGUGCGGGGGCACACUGGUCGCAGCGGACAUAGACCGGCGCCGUUUCUCCAACCCCACCUACUACAAUGUUGGAGGAGUUCUAUCCAGUAACGAGUCCAUCGCAUUCUAUAAGGACACUAUAUCGAAUCUGAACUUCAAAGACCAAUAUGUGCCUCGAGGAGUGACGUACCAUGAUUAUUCCAUGCUUAUGGACCCGAAUCCUAUUAAAACGGCGCUGAACGUCUGCAAGGAUCUCAUUGCCCAUCGAGUAUACGCAGUCGUGGUCUCCCAUCCACUGACAGGAGACCUCUCCCCAGCAGCAGUCUCCUACACCAGCGGGUUCUACCAUAUACCAGUCAUUGGUAUUUCAUCAAGAGAUUCUGCGUUCUCGGAUAAGAACAUUCAUGUAUCAUUUCUUCGGACAGUGCCACCGUAUUCACAUCAGGCUGAUGUAUGGGUUGAUGUGUUGAAGCACUUCAACUACAUGAAGGUCAUAUUCAUUCAUAGUUCUGAUACCGAUGGCAGGGCUAUUCUAGGACGGUUCCAAACGACUUCUCAGAGCGUGGAUGAAGAUGUGGACCGUAAGGUAGUAGUGGAGCAAGUCAUAGAGUUCGAACCAGGACUCGACUCCUUCAGUGAUCGGCUCAUGGAUGUGAAAGGUGCCCAAGCAAGAGUGUUCCUUAUGUAUGCCAGUAAAACGGACGCAGAGAUCAUCUUCCGUGAUGCUACGUUCCUCAAUAUGACGACAGUGGGAUACGUAUGGAUGGUGACGGAACAGGCGCUGGAUGCGGCCAAUGCUCCUGAAGGCCUGCUGGGCCUAAGACUGGUCAAUGCUACCAACGAGCAUGCACAUAUUCAAGACUCUAUAUACGUGUUGGCAUCGGCUAUCCGUGACAUGAAUACGUCUGAAGAGAUCCACGCCCCGCCAUCUGAUUGCGACAAUUCAGGGUCCAUUUGGACCACAGGCCGUUUGCUGUUCGAUUAUAUUAGAAAACAACGUUUAGAAAAUGGGGCCACUGGCCAUGUGGCCUUCGAUGACCAUGGAGAUCGCGUCCACGCAGAGUACGACAUGGUCAAUGUUAGAGCUCAGGGCGAACAUGUUGCUGUCGGCAAAUAUUUUUAUUUUAAAGAAACUCAAAAGAUGCGGCUUGAACUGAAGGAGCAGGAAAUAAUAUGGAUGGGACGCAGCACAUCGAAACCGGAGGGAUUUAUGAUACCCACACAUCUCAAGGUAUUAACGAUUGAGGAGAAGCCAUUCGUGUAUACUCGGCGAAUAGACGAUGGUAGUGAGUGCACGCCCGAGGAGAUUCCCUGCCCCCACUACAAUGCCAGUGAGGAUACAGAUCAGCUCUAUUGCUGCAAAGGUUUCUGCAUGGACCUUCUAAAGCAUCUAUCAAAGGCCAUCAACUUUACCUACUCGCUGGCCCUGUCGCCGGACGGUCAAUUCGGGAACUACAUUAUACGUAACCUCACACAACCCGGUGCUAAGAAGGAAUGGACUGGACUCAUAGGAGAACUGGUAUACGAACGUGCGGAUAUGAUUGUGGCUCCCUUGACAAUAAACCCAGAACGGGCCGAGUUCAUAGAAUUCAGUAAGCCUUUCAAAUACCAAGGUAUAACCAUUUUAGAGAAGAAGCCAUCUCGAUCAUCGACGUUGGUAUCGUUUUUGCAACCGUUUUCCAACACUCUAUGGAUUCUAGUGAUGGUAUCUGUCCACGUGGUGGCUCUAGUGCUGUACCUACUCGACAGAUUCUCCCCCUUCGGAAGGUUCAAGCUGGCGAACAUUGAUGGAACGGAGGAAGACGCUUUGAACCUUUCCAGUGCUAUAUGGUUCGCUUGGGGAGUACUCUUGAAUAGCGGUAUUGGCGAAGGCACUCCUCGUAGUUUCUCAGCGCGCGUGCUCGGCAUGGUGUGGGCAGGUUUCGCAAUGAUCAUCGUCGCCUCCUACACUGCCAACUUGGCUGCCUUCCUCGUGCUCGAACGGCCUAAGACGAAGCUUACAGGAAUCAACGAUGCCAGGCUUCGCAAUACCAUGGAGAAUCUGACCUGCGCCACGGUUAAGGGAUCAGCUGUCGAUAUGUAUUUUAGACGACAAGUUGAACUGUCGAAUAUGUAUCGAACAAUGGAAGCAAAUAAUUAUGAUAACGCUGAGCAAGCUAUCGAGGACGUUAAGAACGGUAAACUAAUGGCAUUCAUUUGGGAUUCAUCUCGCUUGGAAUUCGAAGCAGCCCAGGACUGUGAGCUAGUGACGGCAGGGGAACUGUUUGGUCGCUCAGGCUAUGGCGUGGGAUUGCAAAAGGGCUCUCCUUGGGCGGACCUAGUCACACUGGCUAUAUUGGAUUUUCAUGAGAGUGGUAUAAUGGAGUCUUUGGAUAACCUAUGGAUCCUUCGGAACAACAUGCUAAACUGUGAAGAAAAUGAGAAAACGCCGAACACAUUGGGCUUGAAGAACAUGGCGGGAGUGUUUAUACUUGUGUUAGCGGGUAUUAUAGGGGGCAUAGUUCUGAUAGUGAUCGAAGUGGUGUACAAACGGCACCAGAUCAAGAAACAGAAGCGGAUGGAGAUCGCGCGCCACGCCGCCGACCGCUGGCGCGGAGCUGUCGAGGUAAACCGAAUAAAGGCGGAAGCCAUGGAUGUGGACCACUUCGAUGUCAAACAGCAGUUAGAGAAAACGGAAGACGCUUCGAGCCGCCAUCUUGCCGUCACAGCGCAGAGCCAAGUCGAAUGGAGUGAAGGAAGCUGGCAGUAUCAGUUUGGCUGUAGAGAGAGGCGCCCGACGCCGGGACGAGCCGCGUGUUCCUAGGUACCUGCCAGCCUACACGCCCGAUGUCUCCCAUCUAGUCGUGUAAACUAUAAUUACUAAGGCCUACGUAACGCGAGUUUAUCCAUUGGAUAUUUCUUAUCGCACUAUGUACACUAGGCCUAUUGGUGUUGUUCGUCCUAAAGUAGUUAGAAUUUGAAUCGUUGCUGUGAAUUUAGCUUAUGAUAUUGUGAAGAAUUUAAUAAGCUCAACUUAGGUAUUUGUUUAGUUGUUAAUUAAUUAGGUAUCUACAAUCUGUGGUGGCAGAUUUAUUGACAAGACGAAGGACUAGUCUUGUUUGCAAAAUAUUCAGUAGUUAUUGAC